AUUGGAAGUUAUCGAUUAACAUUGGACGAGGGAGUGGUUGGCUUGGAGAGUCUGGUGGGAUUGGAUAGUAGAGUGCAUGAAUUAAAAUGUCUGAACAAAAUGAAGAAUUUGCGACGUUUUUCAGCAAGCAUACACGAUAAUGAAAGCUUGUCAGCUAUCAUGAAUGCCAUUGCUACCAACUGGAACAAGUUAAUGCGUUGUAUGGUUGAAAUCAAUUCGGGUUGCGAGUUAGGAACAAAUGAGGGUGUGUUGAAAAAGGCAUUCACAUGUCCCAAUCUUCAUUCCUUGUGGAUUGCAGUUAAGUUGGGGAAUGUGAUAUCAGAGUGCGGGAGUGCCUUCAUCAGCUCUAAACUUACAAGUUUGAUCUUGUUGAAAUGUGAGAUUGAGGAUGAUCCAAUGGGAAUACUGGGGAAGCUUCCUUGCUUGACAUAUUUGAGUUUAUUCACAGAAUCAUUUGUUGGGAAAAAGAUGACGUGUCCAUCAAACAGUUUUCCUCGCCUCAAGAUGCUUUUUCUAUCUAAAUUACCGAACCUGAGAGAGUGGAGAGUGGAGGCGGGAGCUAUGCCCCUUCUCUAUCAAUUAGUGAUCCAUGAUUGUUCUAGUCUGGAGAUGCUUCCAGAUGGAUUGAGAGGCAUUUCUACUCUUCGGGAACUGUGGAUUAAUAGAAUGCCAGAAAUGGGGAAGAGGGUAUCGGCAUUAGGAGGGGAUUUCCACAAAGUCACCCAUGUCCCUGAAAUUAUCAUCCAAGACUAG